AUGACAACUCCACCGUGGAUGAGUUUGUGUGGAUUCGGAAUAAUUCAUGAUUAUCCCGCGAAUUCUGUCGGUUUAUUUCUGAUUUUUUUACUAUCAAGUGCGGCUACAAUUCGAAUUUUACUGGAACAUCGAAUGGAAUGUCUUGUUUCAUUUAUUCCAAGAAAAUUUUAUCUAUUCGCAAAAUCGAUAAACUAUUUCUAUACUUUGACUCAAUUCCUAGUGAUUUUCAGUUAUAUUUAUUCCUAUCAGGAUUUUCGAAAUCAAAUGGAUUUGAAAAUACGAAUUGAUAAGGUUAGUAUUUUAUUUUUCUCAAAAGCGUUGGUGUAUGCAAACACUGCGACGCAAUUUUACGUACAGGAAGAUAUUUUCACAUUUUUUUAUCUCUAAGGCCAGUUAAAGUGGGAGGCUUUGUGGGUGGUCUCGGUGAAUUGUCUGUUAUUUUCGAAUGUUGAAAUAAAACCAAAAUUUUCCCAGGAAAAUGGACCGCUUCCAAACUUUAUCUUCUGUGAAAAUUGCCUUGUCUUCAACCUCGAUUCUUCUAAAUCAAUAAUUUUCGCACUAACUGCCACAUUUUCCGCAGUAAUCGCUGCUAUCUCCAUAAUUCUAAUGGCUCUCGCAUCAUAUCACGCGUUAUCCUCAAAUACUACAAUGUUUUCCAAAAGCACCAUGAUUAUUCAAAAAUCGUUUCUUCGAAGUUUGUUCAUACAACUUGGUGUUCAUAUAAUAUUUCUCGUUUCACCAAUCAUUUUCUUCUUUUCCGCUUUUCUCUUGAAACUUUCUAUGGAAAAAUGGCAAAUUGUCAUACAUUUUUUGACACUUUGUUUUUUCCAACAUGGAUCAUUUUCAACAAUUGCAAUGUUGUCAACUAAUAAACAACUGAAAAGGAAUUGUGAGUUGUUUUUUUCUAGGUUGUUUUUGACAACAAUUGAUUUUGCAGUGAAUCAGAUCAUCAGAAAAAUCAGUCAACGUUCAAAACUGACUUCGAAAAAUGAAUCAAUGGCCAAUACAGCAUCCUUCGUAUUUCAACAGAUGAAUCGAAGAAACACAAGAACUUCAUAA